CCUUAACUACAUAGACAUUAUAGUGGUUGAUUAAUAUUGGGUUUUCAAUGGCAGAUUAUUAAACUUUUUAUUUGAGUCCCCCACUGUCUUGAAAAUUUGGUUACAUCCUUGAUUACGGUAGAUGUCUGUUUCUUCAAGACACUUAAUAAAAACAACACACUCAUACAUAUAACAUAUAGGCCUACUACACAUGGGAAUUUAGAUUGGACUGUUCAUUUUUUGUGUAUCAUAAGACUAAGGGUUAUAGUAUUUAAUCCAGAUGUGGCUUUAUUUUAACUCACUGGAUUGCCCAGGUGAUGAGUGUUCCAAGCAUCCCAGUGAAAUGCUUUUCUUUGGUCAUCCAUAUUGGGCAGAGGCGCAGAGCUAGGGGUGGCCACACUCGCAAUUGCCGUUUUGGUAUUUCGACACCAACAAUCACCUUUCCCCCAUCCGACGAUACUCCUGUGACAAACUCCUGGCUCCGCGCCGAUGUGGCAGCACAUUAGAUUGUGUAAACUUACGUUAAACGUUGACAGUAGGAGGAGACUUAUAUUAUUUGAAUCAGUGUACUGUAAGUGGUCACAUGACAUAAAUACAGCAUUACAGACCGGUAAAUGGGCAUUGCAUUUUUCUAAACUUUCUGAUCUGCUAUUGCUAAUCAAUACACAUUAAUUUUGCAUGACCGUUUAGUGUGUAUUUAUAGAGGCCAGUUAGUAUGCAAGAAAAUGUCCUCAAUUUUGCAAAUCCACCAGGAAGUCAGCGUACUUAACCUUAGUAAAAGGGACAAAUAUGGGACUGAAAUCCCUAGUAAAUGAUUGACCCAUCUGUCAAAUUUACUGUGAACAGUAAAGCAGCGAGAAGGCAUUCCAUUCUCUGCCUUCUACGAGAGAAAGCAACUGAAUCACAAACAAGAAACAUGGCCACCAGCCACAGCUUCUACAAUAGGUCCCCUCUACUGUCAAAGUCAAGGGGUCAAGUGCAGCCACACAAUCCUCACAUGGACAAAAGAGAGAAUUUGCCCAAGCCAUGGUUAACCGCAGGCAACAGGGACCUCCACUGCCCUGUGUGUUUACAGAUAGCCAGCUAUCCUAUAGAGACCAACUGCGGGCAUCUUUUCUGUGCACCAUGUCUGAUAUCAUACUGGAAACAUGGCACCUGGUUAGAUGCCAUCAACUGUCCUUUAUGCAGACAGAAGGUGAAAAAGAUGUGUCGUCUCUUCAGCGAGAACACAGCUGACUGUAAGGAGAGAGAAGUGUUAAGACAUAUCAGAGACUAUAACAAGCGCUUCUCGGGAGCACCAAGACAGGUUAAGGAUUACCUGUGUGAUGCUCCACUCUUCCUGCUGUUGUUGGUGCAAUGGUUGGGGAACAUGGGCGGCUUGGUGUGGCUGUUUCUCUUGAGGGUGGCUGUCUGUGGCUUUGUGGCUGCCAUGUCUCUGGCAUCCCCAUUGGAGACUCUUCCUGGGCCGUUGAGCAGUGUGCUGGGCGUACUUGAUGAUUUUGUAGCAGUCUUCCUUCUUCUUAUCUGCAUUUUUAAUAUUAACCAGCAGAUGGGGCCACAGAGGACAAGAACGCAAUCAGUCACACAAGGUGUGCUGACUGACACGUUGUAGAGGAGGACAUAGAUAAUGUGCUAACUAGCAUGUUGAAAUUCCACUAAUGAACCUUGUUAGCAAAGGUUAACAGUGUUAUAACCCGGUGCACUUUGUUCUCUUUGAACAUAGAUUUUCAGUGAAGAUGUGUCUAAAAUAGACAUGGGACAAACAGAUAGAGCAGAGUCCUGAUAAGGUUAUUUGUUUAAAGGGCAAUUUAAGGCGUUUCAUUACAAACGGAUUGUAUGCAUUAAAUGUAAAGUGCUUUUGUAAAUAUACAUGUUUUUAAUAAAUACUUAUUUAUCAUAAUUUUCAAACAUAUUCUGUUUGC